CAACACGUGACCUGAAAGCGGUAAGCCCUAACUGCAUGUGUUUUGUGUCCACUUAGCCAGGGCCCAUUCUCCUCAGUGCUUCCAUAUUCGUUUCCGAAUUAGUUAUCUCGCAUCGCUGCAAGCUACUCGUCCUUGUUUCAAACCCGUCGCUUAAGCACGCUUUUCCGUAACCCUGUCAUUGACGGGAACUAGUUACUAUGACUCCAACAAGAUAUAAUCGCUCGAGACAAGCGAAAGUUAGCGUACCGGCCACUCCGCGAGUAACGCGAGUAAAAAGUAAAGCACAGAGAGGAAAACAAGACACUGCCCCCACAGUUGCCAGCCUCAUUGAACAAAUGAAUGAUAAGAUUAAAUCUCUUGAACUUCAACUAACUGAAAUGAAACAAACGCUUGACUAUAUCGGACCGCUUAAAGACCAUAUAGCCUCUUUAGAUUAUAUCUGCAACCCAUCAGGAAAACUAGAUCCGGCUCAAAUGAAUAGAGUAAGACAGCUUAUCUCCUGUAUCGCGUCUGAGGCUCAUGAACGAACGCGUAGAUUAAAAAAUGCUAUAGUUUUCAAUAUCCCUGAUAAACUUAAUUUGGCUAAAGUAAGAGCUACAUUGAUGAACGCUUGCAACAUGACUAACGUCGAAUGCAAAUGUCUACGACUAAAUAAGAAGACACCGAAACGGUGUUGCCCCAUACUUUUUAAGUUUUCUCUCGAAGAACAUGCACACCAUUUCAUGCAGAGUCAGCUCGCCAUAACCCAGCAUACUCCAUUCAAAGACGUACUGGUUAAACCUGAUCGGACACCUUUGGAAAGAUCUCCUUCUGAUCCUACUCCACAAACACCAAGAGCAGAGACAACAUGCAGUCCGACUCUUCAGUUAAUAACUCGGGAUGAUGGUAUACUAGAUAGAACAACUAGCUGUGUCGAAGUAGACAACGACAAUGCAUCUCCUGGCGUGGUAACAUCAAUAGCCUUUGCUUCUGGCUCCGGCACAACGCCUCAGUCAAGAUCAGUGAAAAAAUCUCUCACCUCUAACACCGAGGCUAGCUUCCUAAUGGAAUCGGAUACCCCCUAUAUCGCACCUAUGGCGAGACCUCAGCCUGGUGAACAUUCAGUAAGCAAGGGCCCGAAUACCAAGAAAAGAACCAGUCGUAAAAGUCAAGCUACACGCACAAGCGACCUACUAACCAACGGGAACAAAGUGCCGUCACAGACCGACAUUUCAUUCGCGGUAAUGACGAGUGCUUACGAAGAUUCACCAAAUUCACGAUCCUCGAAUUCUUUCCACGCCACUUGUAACAAAACACCUCAGACCAGAAACACUACUUACCACACCAGUAAGACUGAAACCAGAAGGAAUUAUCUUCUGGACAAACCCACGCACCGCUAUCCAGCAUUUGUCAAUAAUACUCGAAACAUUAAUGACAGUAGGAAAAACUGGACAAUGCAGCCCAGUGCCUCACCUGAGACCUACGCUGGAACCCAUACUCCACCAGUUUCCUUCGAUCAUUUUUUAGGAGAUGUGGGGAUGGCUUCGCAGCCAUUCCCAACAAUAGCACAUCCGGCCGAUACCAACUUCAUGGCCCAACUCUUCCUACAAUUUAUUCAGAUGACACGGCUAGCUCAGUAUCAUUCCAACCAGAGCUUUCACCCAGCGCCUCAUCAUCUUCCUUACUCCAACUUCCGACAGAACUCACAAGGGAUGCAUUGUCCUUAUCUCAGAACGUCAUAGCAGUAGGCACGACUGCUUCAUCCCUACACUCUCUUCCUCUGUCCACAGAUCUCCAUCCCAGCACUCUUGAUACUUCCGAACCAAGCAGUGAACUCCUGUCCACUGACCCCGAUAAUACAUCUAUAACAUUAUUUAAGCAAGCACUAGAACUCGCUGAUAAAACACAUGCCAUGCAUGUCCUACUUAUAAAUGCACGUUCCCUCAGGAACAAAAUAAUUAGCUUAAGAACACUUGUCUCCCUCGUGAACCCACUAGCUAUAUUGGUCACUGAAACAUGGCUAAAGGAGGAUACCCCUGAGUCGGUUUACCAUAUCUCGGGUUACAAAGCUUUUAUCGGUUGUCGUAAGUCUGGUCUAGGUGGUGGCUGCGCCAUCUAUGUUCGAAAUGCUAUUCACGCUUCGGUAUCGCCUAUCCAAACACAGGGACGAUUCGAAGACUCCGUUUUUAUAGACAUUAUAGUUGAUAAUCUUCUCAUCAUUAUCGGAUGCAUCUACCUACCGCCCAAUCCUAACCUCGUUGAGAUAAGCGCAUUACAGAGCGUUUUAUGCCAUCUCGCGUGCCAGUCCGCGAAUCGCAAGAUAGUAGGCGGGGACUUCAACAUGCCUGAUCUGUCGUGGUCCUCUAACGACGUCCCCAAUAAGUUUAAAAGCUUCAUCGCCACUGUGCAUGUAUGCGGAUGGACUCAGCAUGUCUCAUCUCCCACUAGAAAGAAUAACAUAUUAGAUUUGUUUUUUACUAUCGGCUUCACUGCAGCUUCCACCGAGAUACUGGGACAUCUUCCCGGUAGUGAUCACAAAGUGAUCUCUUUCUCAUUCAGUGUCAAUGCUCAGUUGUCAAAAACACCCUCAUCAAAAACACAUAUGACUAUCAGCUCCUACAAAACCGCUGACUGGGGCCUUUUUGCAAGCUUGAUAAGAUCGGCGCAGUGGGACACAUUCUUCCUCGCUAGCGACCCUCAGACUGCAGCAGAUGAGUUAUAUAACAUCAUCCAUCGGUCAGUAGAUGUGUCGAUUCCGCGAAAGCAAAUAAAACUACCUACCUCUGGAGAAAGGCCUACACAACACAAAUUAGCUGUAAAGCUCAAAAAGUUGCUCAAGGCGUAUCGUAAAUCCAAUGACUUCUGUUUCUUAAUAAAGCACCAGCAAUUGGUUACUAUUAAGGAGAAUGCCAAUCAGGCCAUGCUGAUUGAUAAAGAAAAACAAGCACUCGGUAGCCAAAAUAGAAAACAGG